GAUCUACAAGUAAUAGUGCAUUAAAAAGAAAGCGGUCGACAUAAUGCAGAUUUACGUUUCUCUUUUAUCCAUUCUAUUUGGUUACUCAUUAAGCAGUGCACAAACUCUUGAAAGACCAACAGUUGAGGUUGGGACAGAAAAAUACUUAGAGGGACGAAUCGCGAAAGAAAAACUUUACUUUAAAUGCAGCUUUACCCCAUCCUCCGAUUCAUCCAUGUUAUAUCGUGUUUACUGGUAUAUAGAUGGUCAAACAGUAUACAUUUCAUCGCUGGUAUCAGGUGCAGAGAUAGCUACAACACAUCUGAAAAGUGAAAAUGGACUUCGAAUUCCAUCUAAGAUCUCUUGUGCGGUUCAAACAAAGACCAGAUCGAAUCAUGCUGGGCAGCUGUCUCCUACCAGUAGCGGCUUCUUUGCUGGAAUACAGACUGUGCCCUCCACUGUAUACUUGGAGAGAGGCGGAACAGUAAGUGUUGGAUUUUAUCUCACGGUGCCGUUUGGGUGUCCAUAUCGGCAUCUCCAGGAUCACGAGUCGGAGAAUUGUCACAUGGAUAUGGCCCUUAGUACACCCAGACAACAUUUUUGCGACCUACACCUAGUGCUUCAAGAUGGCUGUUUUGUGCGUCUUGAACGACGGGAAUGGAAUAUUAUCCAUCACGUAACAUUGAGACAUAUUGAUGAUGGAGGAUAUACAUCAAUGUCCUCAUUAAAAUUAAGUUCUUCAACAAACCAUUCUUAUGGAACAGAAUGGAACACGUUUCAUCAAAAUGUUACUGACUGGAAUCACUGUCGUGAUCCCGUGCCGGAUUGGACAAAACAAGAUGGCGGCGGGAACAAAUCGAAAAAGUUUAAUGCAUCCAGCAGCAGGAGUGUGGCUAACAAAUGA